AGGAGGCGGAGCGGCGUCGUCCCCGCGCUAUGCCGAGCAAGAAGAAGAAGUACAAUGCGCGGUUCCCCCCGGCGCGGAUCAAGAAGAUCAUGCAGACGGACGAGGAGAUCGGGAAGGUGGCGGCGGCCGUGCCCGUCAUCAUCUCCCGGGCCCUGGAGCUGUUCCUGGAGUCGCUGCUGAAGAAGGCCUGUCACGUCACCCAGGCCCGCAACGCCAAGACCAUGACCACUUCGCACCUGAAGCAGUGUAUCGAGCUGGAGCAGCAGUUUGACUUCCUGAAGGACCUGGUGGCCUCCGUGCCGGACAUGCAGGGCGAUGGAGAGGACAACCACGUGGAUGGGGACAAGGGACCCCGCAGGGGCCGGAGGUCCGGCAGCGGGCGGAAGAACGGCGGAGCCGGCGGGAAAGGGAAAGAUAAGAAGCAGUCGGGGACGGACUCGGAGCAGGAGGACGACUCGGAGGGCACAGAGACGGACGGGGAGGAGGAGACGACGGCGCCGCUACCGCCCCAGGCCGGCAGGCCCCCCCCCGCCCCGGUUCCAGAGGGGCCGUCGGAGCCAGGAGACGGAAGGCAGCGGAGAGGGAGCCCGGCUCGGGAAGCAUCCUCUCUGGGGAAGAUCGACGGCCGGGCCAGGAAGGGACCCCCGCCCCGAGACCCCGUUCCCCCACCUCCCCGCCGCCUCUCCUUCCCCUUCCAGCGGGCCUGGGAGAGCUUCAUCGCCGAGGGCCACGCCGCCCUCCAGCCCGGCUCCAAACCUGCCCGCUGGGCCCCCCGGCGAGGCCGGAGGACCCCCGAGUCGGAGCGGACGGCCCGGCCGAGACCCCGGCCCCCGGGCCCCGGGCCCGGCCUUCCCUCCUCCGGGCCGUCGACGGAAGGACGACGCAAGAACCAGAGGAGGCAGCCCAACGCCUGGGCCUGCUUCAGGCGGGGCCCACCGAGGACCCGGCAGGCUGGACAUGAUGGCGGGAUGGAGGCCGGGCCCAAGUCAGGGAGGGGGUCAGGCCUCCGGGGCCGGAGCCUGCAGGAGGAAGAAGAGGCGGGAGCGGAGGCCGGGGACGAAGUGGAGGCCGAGAGGAGGCGGGUCAGAGGCCCUUCUGGGCCGCCCCGAAUGCUCUGGAAAGCCCAGAGUUUGGAGGAGGAGGAGGAGGAAGAGGAGGAGGAAGGGGAAGAAGGGGAGGCUGAGGAGGUGGAGGUCAGAAUCUGGAAAGGGAAGGAACCCCUAAGGAGGGCCUGCCCUCGGAGGAGGGACGUGACGGAGGAGGAGAGGCAGGAGGAAGAAGAGCGCGAGGAGGAGGAGGAAGAUGGGACCAGAAGGGAGGCCGGUCCUGCCGCCCGACGAGGCCACCCGUCAGGCCGGAUGUGGCUGAAACAGGGGAGUUCCCAGAAGCAGCUGCGGGAAGAGUUCGAAGAGCUGGGCCUCCAUGAGGCGCCCCUGGCUCCUGUGGGGCGGCCAUCCAGGGACCCCGUCCCUCCGCGAAGCCACGGCGAGAGGGCCUGUGGGGAUGGCGAGCCCUGCCCAGCCUCCAACUCCCCGACACGAACCUCCCAAAAGCGCCAGGAGGCCACAAGGAUCCUUUUGCAGGCCUGGGAGCGGCGGGAGCUGGAAGAGCGGCUAAGAAAGGAGCAGCACCAGGCCCGGGCGCAGAGGGUGCAGCGCCAGGUGGCUCGCUGCCUGGCGUCCUACACACCCACUGGGGCCGCUGGUUCUGGUUGGGGCGCCCAGCGGAAGACAGAGGAGCUCAGGCAUCAGGAGAAGCAGCGAGCGGCGGAGUACCGGGCCGAGCUACGGGGGAUGCGCCACAGAGUGCAGGCCCGACCCUUCCUCUUCGAGCAAGCCAUGCAGGCCAAUGCCCGUCUUUCGGUGGCACGACGCUUUUCCCGGGUAUUGGCGGCCCUGGGUGUGGAUGAAGACCAGCUGUGGAUCCAGGCGGCGAAGGUGGCAGCGGCCAAGGGAACUUGCUCCGAAUGCUCGUCUUCGAGCCCGGGGAAGAGGCCGGUGGCCGGAAUGGGGCCGUCCUCACGGAGCGCUCAGAAAAUAGCCGAGGUGGACGAAGCCCACCGCCCCUGCAGCCGCUGGACCCGGGACUCAAGGGACGACGGGGGUGGGCGUGAGAAAUGAAAUUGUUA